AUGACGGACCUUUCCCCGUCUAGGCGUCGCGAUAUGGCCGCUGCUGAGCUGGAGGAGUAUCGAAGUCUCCUAGCUCACUAUAAGGAGUGCUCCAUCGAACUGGAGAGCCGCGUCAAGCCCUUGGCUGAGGCGAUCCAUAACCUGCCGGAACUGCCCGAGAAGGGCGUGGUGCGGUUCAUCAUGGCAAAAUUACAGCUAUUGAUGAGUUAUAUGGCGAACCUCGGCUACUACAUGGCCCUCAAGAAGCGCGGGGGGAGCCUGGCUGAGCAUCCAGUGGUAGGGCAGUUGGCUUGGCAGAGGGCCCUGAUGGAACGGAUGAGACCCAUUGAGCAAAAGUUGAAGUACCUGAUCGACAGAUUGGUCAAGUUGGCAAGCACUGAUGGGAAGUUGGAGGAGGAGUUGGAGGACCGACCCAAUUUGGCCAGUAUGGAGAAGGGCCUGGAAGAGGACGAGGAAGGAGAGGAGGGAGGGGCCGAGGAGGGCCGUGCCCCUCAGACGUACAAGGCCCCUAGGGUAGCUGGGGGGGUCAUGAUGAUGGACGAUAAGGAGGUCACGGCGGGAGAGCGAAAAAAGGCGGAGCGAAGGUUGGCGGCAUUUGAGAGGUCUGAUGCUGUAAGGAAUCUUCGGGAUGAGUUUAGUGAUGCCCCAUUGGUCGUGGGGGAGGGCCGGGGGGCGAUUGGUGCAGUGGAUGGUAGGCUGAUGAGUAAGUAUGCUGAGAGGGAGGAGUAUGAGGAGAAUAAUAUGUUGAGAUUGCCAACAACUAAGCAGAAUAAGGCGGAGUUGAGGAGGUUGAGGAGUAGCAUGAUGGGCGGGUCCGCCGGUAGCGCUGGUGGUACUGUUACUUUGGAGGAGGUGGGCGAGAUAGCUGAUAUGGCGGUGAAGAAGAGCAAUCUCGGGGAUAUUGUUAGAGCUUCGAAAACGGUUGGGAACGCAGGAGGAGGUCAUCGUCAAGGAGGAGGCCGUUCUCUGCAAGAUCUCGUUGACUCCUCGAGUGCAGGAGAUGGAGUGGUACAUUACGAUGAUGAUAUCCUGAAGGCUCAGCAUCAAGCCUCGAGGAAUGUCGAGUUGGACCCUAGGCAGUUGGGGAAGCGGCCGGCGGAGGAUGGAGGGCGAAAACAGUCUCGAGGGAAGCGUCGGCGUAACUAA